AUGUCUAUCGGCGUACCUAUUAAGGUUCUCCACGAAGCCGAAGGCCAUAUAAUAACCUGCGAAACUAUAACCGGCGAAGUUUACAGGGGUAAACUUAUAGAAGCCGAGGAUAAUAUGAAUUGCCAAAUGACUCAAAUAACGGUAACGUACAGAGACGGGCGGGUGGCGCAAUUAGAAAACGUUUACAUUAGAGGUUCCAAAAUAAGGUUUUUGAUAUUACCGGAUAUGUUAAAGAACGCUCCGAUGUUUAAAAAACAAACCAAAGCCGGGACUGCUGGUAGAGGGAAAUCUGCUAUUCUACGAGCUCAAGCACGGGGAAGAGGCCGAGGGCAACCUCCUGUGCGAGGAGGCAGAGGUGCUUGGCAGAAUCAGCAGAAUGCCCCUGCAGGUCGAGCAAAAUAA